CGCCAAUUUGCAAACGUCAACAAUUUGUUGUCAAAAGUGACAACGAAAACAAACCCUUUGAUUUCGGUAUAACUUUAAGGGUAUAACUUCACAAAGAUAAUAACAGCGUUUCACAAAUACAUCAACUGGUUCAACGCAGUGCCGACUUUGCCAAGCCAGUAAUACAGAUUUCUGAAGAAUGUCCAAAAAUGAGCUGGUUUGAUGCGGGGGCCUUGGCUAACAUAGCCAAAUCAGCACUGAAGGAGGCCCAAAAAACCAUAGAUAAGGCCUUAGAUAUAAAGGAGGACGCUGAGAGUAUUCAACCAGUAAAUACACCUGUCGACACCAAUUCUGAUGACUUUUUCGGAACAUGGGGCAUCAGCCAGUCAGGGAAUGUUACAGGGUCAAAGGAGGAAGCUGUAGACGAAGCCACAAAGCAAAGUAAAAUGACUACUAGCAUUUGGGGAAGUUUCACUGGCUCAUUUUUUGUUGACAAUACUACUCCAAAAGAAGGUCACUCACACUCAGUUGAGAGCUUAGAUGACUCAAUAGGCAUAGAGGAGGAGAAAGACUUUAGCAAAAGCAAAUUAGUAGUUCAAUGUAGGGAAGAUGAUCAACUUAAUGAAGAAUCCAUAAACAAGUUACAAACCCCCGUGGCUGAUGCGUUGGUCGAGGUUGAUUUAGAUAGUGAAUGCUCCCAACUCGGUCAAUCUCAGUCAGUAGUUUCUAUUCGAAAGCAUGUGGAUAAAUCACAAUCACUUGCCAAUCGCUUAUCAGUGAUUAGUUCAGAAGGCAGCAAAAACAACUCAGAAAGCAUCGAUGUGCUUACAAGCACAGAAUGUACCACAACACCCGAAUCAGAUAUUUUGUCAUUUGGUUUAAGUACUUCGAAUUCCAGUGAAGUUCAUGGUUUUAAGCAAAAUUCCGAAUCAGUGGAAAUUCUGGGAGAGAGCGUGACUAGUCUUAGUUCAGUAGAUAUUAUUGGUUCAGAUAGUGCGAAUAGCAGAAGGCUAUCGCAACAUACGGAUGAAUUUGUUUCCCCAUUAGAGUCCCCAUGUGUAGAAGGCAAAUUAAGCUUACCCAGUGAGCAAAUAUCACCAGAAAGCAUAGAAAUAAUACCGGAAGAGCAAGAUGAAAAUAGCGUCGCCGAAGACACCAUGUCGUAUACAUCAAUAUCAGAGAGCACAUCAGCGACGGUGCUUGAUACAGUAUUUAAUAUUCAUAUCAAACCUCAGAAAAUGCUUAAGGAUACUUACAACAGGCCUGAGUUUAGUGAAACUAUUUCUAGCGAUACAGGAUCUCUGAGCCCAGAUAGAAGUUUUGGGAUAGGUGAAGCCAUUACUAGAGCUCCGAGCAGAAGUAUGCAUUUGCCCCUCCAGCAGGUCAGUCAUAACCAUAUCUUAAUCGAUACUCAACCCCAAUCGAUAAACAAACAGGAACUACCCAAAAUACUGGAAACCACAAAUAUAAUUGAUUUUCCACAGGAAGAUGAUGCUAUGAGAAGUUCCGGUUCGGAAACACAGUUUGAUACUUCAACCGAGGACGGAUCAAUUUCAGAUAGAACGUUGGUGGAAACCCAGGAAAAUGUUAUGGAAAGUAGUAGUGACACCACUAGCACUACCACAGAAACUAGCAGCAAUUCAACACAUUUGAAAAAUAUGCUGGCAGACGCAAUGGUGGAAAAAUCCCCAGAACCCAAAAUGCAACCGAUAAUUACAAUGGAAUUCUCAGAUAAAGGCAGUUCUAUUGAUAGCAUAGCCACAUCUUCCCAAAUAGAAAUUAUUCCCCGAGAAACAUCUCCCUUAAGUUCAGAAAAGUCCGACCUAGUCAAGAUUGGUUCAGACCAUACGUCUUGUCAUACUUCAUGUGAUGAGCUUGAAACAACUACGUCUUCAGACUUGGAAAUCAUAUCUAGUCCAAAUGGUGAUUCUAGCAGCACGCAAAGCAGACAAAGCCCAGCCAAACGGGCACUUUUGAAAGCCAAAUCUGAUGAAUCAACCAUUGAUUCUUUGCUACACAAGGUCACUACGAAGAAAGUUAAGGGACAUAAUAGGGAACUAUCUGAAGCAUCUAUUACUAGCGAUGACUCUCACCCGAACGGAGAAAUCGACAGGCUUUUAAAGCGCAUAUCGGAAAUGACUGAAAUAUUGGAGUCACGAGAAACGAAAUUAAUUGAAAUUAAUAGGAGAAAUGCUGAAUUGCAAGAAAACAAUUCUGAUCUAAAAGCACAAUUGGACUGCAUUCUAACUCAGCAGCUGGAAACCGCGGAUUUAUCUCAAGUUACCGAAGAAUAUACUCAGAGAUUAUCGGCGUUGGAAAAGAAGUUUCAACAAGCAAUAAGAGAAAAGGACAGUUUGAGAAAGCAACUAGACCAGGCCAAACUGGAUGUUGCAACGCGAAUGAGCAAAAAUGAGCUGGAAUCUGCUGUAGCUGAAAAAAACGAAGUUAUUAAAGAACUAAGGGAGGAAGGAGAAAAAUUGUCAAAACAGCAGCUGCAACAUUCAAAUAUCAUUAAGAAACUAAGGACCAAGGAAAAGGAACAUGAGGCAACUAUUAAAAAUUUAAAGGACACCAACGAAAGCCUCUCUCUUGAAACGGAAAGACUAAAAAAAUCUCUAUCUGCAAAAGAGGAUGUGGAAAGAACACAGAUUGAAGCAGUGCACAAUCUGACAACUAAAAACAAAAAACUCGAAAGCGAAGUUGGAAAAUUGAAAAGCCAAUUGGACGAUUUAACACAAAAGUACGAUACGGCUCGAAAAUCUCUAGAUGCCGCCAAAAAAGAGUUGGUUGACAAAAAUAGAACCAGCUCUGAACUUGAAGCGCGCCAGCAGCUUCUAGAAAGGCUGGAAAAUGAAAAAAAGAUGACCGAAUCCCAAAACGAAGAAGUGAUUAACCAGUUGGAUGAUUUGAGAUAUCAAUUAAGUAAGGCGGAAGAAGAGUACGUGAAACGAGAGCAAAGAUUGAAGCAAGAGAACAGUGAACUUUUACGUAGAUUAGAAGAGAUUGAAAAUAGAAACGACGAACUUUCCCAGUCAGUUUUGGAAGUGAGCAAACCGCUAGUCAGGCAGAUAGAAAGUUUGCAAAGCACCCAUAGCUUAAAAGUGGCUAGUUUCGAAAAGGUUGAGCAGGAACUUACCGUGAAAAUCAGUGAUUUGCAAACGAAGCUGCAAGCGUCUGGGAGCUUAGAGAGAACAGCUAGAGAGGAGUGUAUUAAUAUUCGGUCGAAAUUAGCAGAUAUAGAAGGACAAUUAAGUACAGCCCGCCAUGAGGCUGAAAUGUCCAAAAUGCAACUGGAACAGCUCAAAACUGAAAGACAAAUAUCGGAACAAGACCUACAAAGCAAAAUUGACAGCCUAAGCGAAACGAUAAAAAAACAAAGUGAAAUUAUUCAGGAUAAAGAAAAGGAGAUUCACAACUUGCAACAGCAGUUAACGAUGGAGAAAUUUAGUGCCGAAAUAGACGGAAAACAACAAACUACUAGUCACGCUUCUUUGGAAAAUGUAAAGACUGACCAUACAACCACAGUGGAUCGUAAUUCUCCGAAUGGAGGAAGCAAUUCUCCAACGUUAAGUUUGGGGAAGGUUUCCGUUUCAGAGUCGUUGAGCAGCAGUUUUUGGUCACAAGAAGAACCAUUUGAAGUAAGUCACACACCUCGCUAUACCAACAUGUUUGAGAUGCAAAUGCUUCAAACCAACCUCAAGCAGAGAGAAGGCGAACUUCAACAGUUACAAUGGGAAUUGAAUCGACGUGAGCAAGAGCGAUCUUUACUGAACGCUGAAAUAUCGACGUUGAUUAACAAGGUUGAACAACUGGAAAAUAAAGCUAAAACAUUUGAAGACAUAAAAACCGAAUUAGCCUCUCUCCAACAACAGUAUGAAACGUUAUGUCAGCUUUAUGGGGAAAAAGUUGAGGAAAACGAGGAACUGAAACUAGAUUUAGUCGACGUGAAAGACAUGUACAAAAGUCAAAUCGAUGAACUGAUGAGACAACAGAGAGCGAAAUAAACAUAAGAUAUUUAAAUUGCACAUUUUGUGAUGAGAAGAGAAAAUCGCACUUUUAACGUGAGUAAUAAUGACAGGAUUAACAGAAGAUUCGCAUUAAGCUUGAAGAUGCACUGUUAAGUUUUCGGUUUAAUUACAGUACCCUGGGUACUGGAAUUUUCAAAUAAAGUCAUGCAAGCGUGCAUUAAGUAAGCACUAUUGUCGUAACGCUUCAAAGUUGCUCGUGUGAGUUAAUUUUGUUACAUUUUCAGUAUGAAUAGAAGACAUGCCAGUUUUAUUUCACAGUCGCCCGUGAAAAGUAAGUACGAGGCUUAAAUUUAAAUGUGCAAGACAAUUCUGUCUGCAAUUUACAUCAUACCCAAACAAUGUUAGUCAGUCGUUUUUGUAAGAUAUAAUUUAUAGCACGAUCAUACGCUAGAAUAAAUAGAAAAUAGCAUAUGCAUAACGUUGAUUCUAGUUUGGUGUCAACAAUAAGAGAUACUACAAUUAUUUAGUUCUUGUGUACUUAGGCCAGUUGGUGGCUAUAUACAGCGCUAUAUAUGAACUAAGUUGUGUUGCAUCUGUGUUAUAUUUUCUUCAAAUUUAAUCUGUGAUAAAGCAAAUUAUUGAUAGAGGUGCUUGUAUUGUUUGAGAACAGUUCUAAAUGUAUGACUGUUUGGUAUUUUAACUUGUGCGCAAAACACAAUAAAGGCAAUGAUAAUUAUCAAA